GAAGAAAAAAUUUUUCCUCAUCUACUUUUCCAUUAUAAUCCAAGUUCACUGACAGAAAUAUAAUUAGGAUUCUGUUGAUUAUUUAUCUCAUUUUCUUCAUUUUAAUUUAAUUGUUUACUAAAUCAACAAUUAUAUAGCUCCAUUAAUUAACUGUGUGUCUAUCGUAUAUUAAUUAACUUAAACAAAACCAAUGAUCAUCUUAUUAUUUCACCAAGAAAAAGUGAUUUACUAAAGUCGUCCAGUGAUUUAAAUCAUUUCCAUUGUUAAUCAUUUUACUUAAUCAUCAACAAUAAAUCAUAAUCAUCAUCGUAAAACAAUCAACUUUCAUUUCCAACUUGAUUGUUGGUUUAAUUUUCUCAUUCUCAUUGUGAUCAACUAACAGUUAACUUGUGAUUAUUGUGCUCAGAGAAAUCAGAAUCAUCCUUAAUCAACACAAUCAACGGAACCACAAUCAGCAACAUUCAAUAACAACAAUUUACUUAGUGAUUAGUUAAUCAUAAUCAAGAACAGCAACAAAAAAACGUAACAACCAUUGAAUCAGUUGUUUACCUUUGAGUGAUUAAUGAGUUAAGUGAAUUGUGAAUCUAAAUUACAAAUCUAAUGGAAACAAUUAAGGAAAAUCAUUUGAUUAAAUUGAUAAUUAACUAAAUUAGAAACAAUUUACAAUUAAGUAUAUAUAUUUUUCUGUUACCAACUGAUAAAUUCAAUAAACUGUCUUGUUAAUUGUUGACAAUUAAAUGUCAAUAUGAUUUACGUUAGUGAAGCUGAUCCAGAUGAAGAAGGUUAUGAUUUAGCCUUCGAACCUCGAAACGUUUUCGUCAAACGAAAAGAUCCAAGGAAUGAUUACAAACUGGGUGAAGAAUUAGGAAGAGGUAAAUUCGGUAUUGUGUAUAGAUGUGUAGAGAAGAAAACAUGCCGACAAUUUGCAGCGAAAUUCAUUAAUACCAAUCGUAAAGAAGAUCGACUUGCCGUUGAACGCGAAGUCGACCUAAUGAGACAAUUACAACAUCCUCGAAUCCUUCAACUUUACGAUGCUUUCGAUGAUGGAACCACUGAAAUGUGCUUAAUCCUUGAACUAAUCGAAGGUGGUGAACUUUUCGAACGUGUUAUUUGCGAUGAUUUUGUUCUAACGGAAAAAUCGUGUUCAAUUUUCGUGAGGCAAAUUUGCGAAGGAUUGGAAUAUGUUCAUGCGAAAAACAUUCUACAUUUGGACAUGAAGCCAGAAAAUAUACUUUGUGUUAGUAGAACCGGGAAUCGGAUUAAGUUGAUCGAUUUUGGUCUAGCAAGGAAAUACAAUCCAAAAGAAAAGCUUCAAAUCUUAUUUGGUACACCCGAGUUCGUGGCCCCAGAAGUUGUCAACUAUGAAGAGGUUGGAUUUGGAACUGACCUUUGGGCAGUCGGUGUUAUUUGUUACAUUCUUUUAUCAGGACUUUCACCGUUCAUGGGAGAUUCUGACCUCGAAACUAUGGCAAACGUAACAAGUACCAAGUACGAUUUUGACGAUGAGGCUUUCGAUGCAAUUUCAGAGGAAGCCAAAGAUUUUAUCAGUAAACUUUUACUCGCUGAUAUGAGAAAACGUAUGACAACAUCCGAUUGUUUAAAUCACCACUGGUUAAGGUCAACUAAACGCCGAUCCAUGGCUGUUCUUGAUAAAUCAAAGCUCAAAAAGUUUGUCAUUCGCAGGAGAUGGCAGUCUUGGCCAUUGACAUUUUUAUAAGUCAAACUACAAAAAGUUUUCCAGUUUCAAUUAUAAACAAUGAGUUACAAUUUACAAUUAACUAAAUUGAUUGCGUUUGGAGGAUUUAAUUUAAAGAUGAAGAUGAUGAGUGAUGAAAAUUAAGAGAUAAUUAAAAAUUUAGAAUCGAUAAUUAAUCGUAAUUGUCAUUCUAUCUCUCUCUCUCUCUGAUCGCUAUCGAAAUGAAAUCAGCUGAACAACAUUUAUCGCCCUUAAAUGUUGUUUAAUCAACUUUAUCAAUGAAACAAUUGACAAUUAAUCAUCAUGAACCAUUUUAAAUUGUAACCUGAUCAUCAAAAUUGUAAUAUAUAUUUAUUUAAAUCAACUUAAUUAUUUCCGAUUAUAAGAUUAUUAUUAUUAUUGCCAAUGUAUUUUUCUGUCUCCAUGUUAAUUGUUGAUCUAUUUUUUGUUUCUUUCCUCUUAUUAUUAUGAUUAUUGUGAAUUUGCAUGUUGAUUUAGAUGAAGCAAACAAUGAAAAGCAAUUAGUUAAUUGUUGAUAAAUUGUAAUCAAAUUCAUCCAUGUUCAAUAUGUGUUUUAGUUUGUUAAAAUUUUGUUUGUUUUUCUGUUUUUGUUUGCUUGCAUUUACCUAAUCAUUUAAUGUUAAUUGUGUAUUAAUCAUAAUAAUAGUUAAUCAUAAUAAAUAU